CUUUCAGCAGAACCAAAGCCAGAGAUCCAUCCUUGUCCCUCAUGCUCUCUGGCCUUCUCCAGUCAGAAAUUCCUCAGUCAGCACGUGGAUCGCAGUCACCCCUCUCAGAUCUUCCCAGGAACAUCUGUGAGAAAAAAACUCAUACCAGGGGACUCUUCUCCAAGAGAUCAGCUUCAGGAACAGCAACAUCCUGAUCCACACGGCUGGAAUGACAAAGCCAGAGGUCAAGAAGUCCAAGGAAGUUUGAAACCCACACAUAAAGGGACAAGGCAGAGGGGAAUUUCUAGCCCACCCAAAGGACAAAUGGGGAGAUCUGACGAGAGUGAGAGAAUGAUGGAGGAUGACCUCAAAGCAGACCAGGAAAUGAAUCCAGAGGACACAGACAAAAUAUUGGUGGGGGUAGAAAUGUCAAGAAUUGUAAGAGUCAAAAAUGGAGGGUGUGGGCAAGGCUUUACACAGAAGUCAGACCUCAUCCAACACCAGAGGACACACACAGGGGAGAAGCCCUAUGUGUGCAGGGAAUGUGGGCGAGGCUUUACAUGGAAGUCAGACCUCAUCCGGCACCAGAGGACACACACAGGGGAGAAGCCCUAUGUGUGCAGGGAGUGUGGGCGAGGCUUUACACAGAAGUCAGACCUCAUCCGGCACCAGAGGACACACACAGGGGAGAAGCCUUAUGUGUGCAGGGUGUGUGGGCGAGGCUUUACACAGAAGUCAGACCUCAUCCAACACCAGAGGACACACACAGGGGAGAAGCCCUAUGUGUGCAGGGUGUGUGGGCAAGGCUUUACACGGAAGUCAAACCUCAUCCAGCACCAGAGGGCACACACAGGGGAGAAGCCCUAUGUGUGCAGGGUGUGUGGGCGAGGCUUUACACGGAAGUCACACCUCAUCCAGCACCAGAGGACACACACAGGGGAGAAGCCCUAUGUGUGCAGGGUGUGUGGGCGAGGUUUUACACAGAAGUCAGUCCUCAUCCAGCACCAGAGGACACACACAGGGGAGAAGCCCUAUGUGUGCAGGGUGUGUGGGCGAGGCUUUACACAGAAGUCAAACCUCAUCCAGCACCAGAGGACACACACAGGGGAGAAGCCCUAUGUGUGCAGGGUGUGUGGGCGAGGCUUUACACAGAAGUCAAACCUCAUCCAGCACCAGAGGGCACACACAGGGGAGAAGCCCUUUGUUUUCAAGAAGGAUAAGUAAGUAAUUAACAAUAAAACCACAUUUCAACAGCCACAAGAAGACAGAGGUAGCCAGUACACAUCUACACACCCCAGCUCUGAGGGUCCUCAGAGGGAAGUCUACUGACACCACACAUUCCCUGAGGGUGUAAAUAGCUGAUUAAACCAAUUCUUCACUUUCUUGGCAAGACAUGAAAUAGAAAAUCAGUGAAAAGUUCCUCAAGUUUCUGGGGAUGUUCACUCAUGUUUUUUUCCAUGCUGACCCCCUCCAUGUUCCUUUGGCCUCCCCGUUCUAAUAAAUUUUUU